AGUGUCAAAAGGAAUCGUUUACUUUUUAUUUAGAAAUCUCAUAUAAUUCAAGAUAGUUGCUUGAACAUGGGAGACAGGUACAAUAUCCACAGUCAGCUUGAACAUUUGCAGUCCAAAUAUAUCGGCACUGGCCAUGCAGACACAACUAAAUGGGAGUGGUUGACAAACCAGCACAGGGAUACACUGGCCUCUUAUCUUGGACAUUUUGACAUGCUCAAUCAUCUUAGUCUUGUUGAAAAUGAAUCCAGAGCACGUGUACGUUUCAAUAUCAUGGAGAAAAUGCUCCAGCCUUGUGGACCUCCCCCAAAGCGACCAGAGGAUUAGAUGUUGAUGUAUACUACAUUGUCAUUAGUUGUAUUAAAAAUAAAUUCCAUUU